AUGCAGGAGGCCGACCCAGACGACCCCCCGCCUCCACACCUCCCCCUUCACCGCCAGCCAGGCCGUGAGAGGAAGCAUGACUCGCAGCCACCACCACCACCACCACCACCACUACCACCGCCUGAACCACACAAGCCUGCCUACCACCGCGCCGCCUCCACCCACUACACGAGGCGCCGAUUCACAAAUCUCCAAGUCCUCAGUCCUCAACAUCAUGCAGGCAACACCUCCUCCUCUGCACAUAUACGAGAUUGCAAUCCUAGAACAGUAAUUACCUCCGUCAACCUGCAUCAUCUCUCCUGGACUGCGAAGACUGAGACGGUCCAGACGAGUCCCAGAGUGUCCCCAACCUCCAACCUCCCCCCACCGAGACCCGCCCAGAGUAGUCCAGAACCAUCCAGACCCCUCCACCCUGACAGCUCCCUCCCAGACACAGCCGCUAUCGCCACGCCAGCACCUCCUAUCACCCCGUCUGCUGUCACUCCAAUAUAUCGUGGCUCGAGUUAUACUUACAUGGUUUAUUUCCCCGUCACCACGCGCCAGAAUACCACACACAAGGCCACUGUUACCAUAUCCACACAUAGACCCUUACACUGCACUUCCAUGUCAAAAAGAAGUCUUCCACAGGUCAUCCACCCAAUCAGUAUUACCAGAACAUCCACCCACGCACACGCACUGCUGCCAAACUCGCAUACACCCACCUCUGAACUCAGCCGGAACGCCCACACAAUAAAAGCAAACAAGAAACCAGGCCUGUGUGCUGCAGGCGCCACGGGGCAGGGGGAUGAAGGCAAGAAGUAG